CUCAAGACGGCAGAGCCGGCGGAGGAGGCACAUCCACAUCUGCUUCCUCCCUAAAAAACAAUUCUGCCUAAACGUUGUGCCCGUCCCUGCACUGAGCCAAAGGACAUCGCUGUCAAGUCCUGAUUCCUAGGAACAAAGCGGAUCUUGUGAGGUAAAAGGAAUCCCGCCUGGAAGAUGGCUCAUAUGAGUGGAGACCUUCCACCAGGGCUGCAGAACAGAGGAGGAUCAAGGCCAAGAAAGAGCAGACCCUAGAUUUGCACAGCCGAUUGCACCAUGCACCAUGUGAUCCUUGUGCUCUGCAAGCCACCCGUCAGACUGUGAGAACCUGAGUGCCUGAGGGGGCCUCACCCUAUGCCCUUUAUCACCCGUGACAUUGAGAGACGUGGAUGCUUCCUCCAUCCUGACUUCACAGACACAGGAAGUAGUGAAGGAAAGAGCUUCCUGGACUACUUGUUUCUGCCUAGGAUGAAAGAUGAAAACCACUGAGCCCAAGAGGAUGAAUGACCAGGUCAUCCCAUUCGUAGCAACCUAGCCAAUAGUCAGAUUUUCCGACAUAGUUAAGUCAAACCCAGUUUCUAUUAAAAGACUGAGAAACUACUGCCAAGGUAGUUCAGGACCAAAAGAUGUUCUACAGGAGGACAUUUUAUCCUGCUAGUGUGUGGAGCUUAUAGGUAGGAGAAUCCAGGAGAUGCAAGGCAGAUCAGAUCUCUUGUGAUCUAUUCUUUCUUCCUCCAGCCCAACUUUGUAGUUCACUGUGUGUUUCCUCAAUCCACAGAAAAUGAACAGAUCUCAGGUGGUUUGUUUAUUUUUUCCCUCCUUUGUUUACAGUGUCUUACAUGAGACUUUUUAGGGUUAGUAGGUUAGAAUGGAAAUACAGAAAUAGAUGAAAGUCAACUUCAGGGAUAAUAGGAACACAUCAGUAUCAGGAUGAAGUACUAUGCAGUUAUAUGCAGGUUAUAUGCUAUUACUAGACUAUUCUGUGCUAUCAUUGACCGAAUUUGUCUGAUUUUUCUGAUAGUCAGAAAAAAUGCAGAUGUUCUUUGUUACAUGAUUUGCAUUGGCCCUUAAAGAAAUCAUCAUGUGAAUUCCUCAUGAGGCAUUAAGAAUUCUAAAGAAAAUGUUCCUUUCCUAAUCUUACUGUAGGUAUCAUAGUGAAUAAUCUUUCAGUGACUAUGGGAAAUGGGUGUAGCCAGCUGCUUGUAAUUGCUCCUCAGGGGAAGCAGGACACUUUGUGUCAAAGGAGAACUCAGUCAAUUGAGGUUUCCAGGGGCUUCUCACCGUGGUCUUGUAGACCUCUUCCUCAUGGUCCCACUUGAUCCGGGCAUAGAACCAGGGAUAUCUGCAAGAAAGAAUGGAUUAUGUCACCUUCAGAUAAUCUUCUCUAAUAUUAUGUAUAGAUUGUGCUGCAGAUAGAUUAAAGUUGUAUUUUCUGGCACACGCUUCCCCAGUGCCCUUUUACGUUUCAAACUGCAUCACUUGUUGGAUCUGUAUGGUGAGGAACACCGGUGACCUUAUUAUGACAAAUGUCAUUGAUCUUAUAGUAUUUGCCUUAAUUGAGCAUUCUAUCCAGUUGACACUCAUGUUCAGUCCCUCCUAGAAAGUGUUGAUUGGUUUCUGGUCUCUUCCUCUGUGAUGAUUUCUUUUCUGUUUUCUCAAUGGAGUCUUCUUCCUCUUCUUGCCUCUUAUUACUGCUUCUCCCAAGGUGUCCAUUAUUGGUCCCCUAUUGUCCUCACUCUCCUGGUCUUGCUGAGUGAUCUGUUUUCCUGUCUGGGGAUGCAUCAUUUGCUGGGAUGCUUUUCUGGCUCUCCAGCCCAGACCUCUCCCCUACCUUAGACCCAAAUGGCCAACUCUCUGCUGGACAUCUCUGUAUAGCUCUUCUAAAGGCCCGUCAUACUCUACAAUCCGAAAGGAAAGUUGUUAAUAACAGCUCCCCCCACUUUCUCCUUUAUUUCCCAUCAAAUGUUAUCACCAGCCAGUCCAUCAUCCCAGUGAAAAACCCAGUAUCUAUUUCUAAGUGCUGUCCUUUACCUGCUACCCGCAUAUCCAGUCAGUGAUCAAAUCUUGUUACAUUCAAGUUGUUAAUAUUUCUUUCUUUUUUUGAAAUUGAAAUAAAGCGCACACAGAUCCUCGGGGUACAACUUGAUGAAUUUUUCAUAUGUGCUACAGCUGGAUAGCUAUCACCCAGCUCAAGAUAAAGGCCAUUUUCUGUACCACAGAAGUCUUCUUUUCUUUCCAAGACUGUACUUGCCCACUCAUUCAAAGGUAUUGUGUUACCAAACCAGAGGUGAUUUUCAAAUUGGAGCAAGGAGAAGAGCCAUGGAUGCUAGAGGAAGAGUCCCAAAGUCAGAGCCACCCAGUUGACCUGAUGGAGAAGAGCCAGGAAAAGGAAGACCAGCAUUGGUGGAAAGUUGAUUUUGUCAACAACAAAACACUGACUAAAGAGAGAAAUAGUGUAUUAGGAAAAGCAUUUUCUCUGGGUACAAACUCUAUUUUAUCAAGAAAAAUACCUGGUAAAUAUGACUCUGGAAUGAAUUUGGAUUCUCUUUCAGAAUUAAUCAUUAGUAAUAGACACUCCUUUGUAAGGCAGCCUUAUGAGUUUAAUACACAUGGGAAAUUACUCCUCUGUACAAAGCACAGUCAUUCUAGAGAGAAAUCUUUAGAAUAUGAUAGAACUGGAAAAGCCAUUAGUCAAAAUAAGGACAUAUUUCAGCAUCAAGAUACUCAAACUCUGAAGCUUUCUUCUGAAUAUAGUGAAUGUGGGAAAGCCUUCAAUGAGGGGGCAACUUUCAUUACCCAUAAGAGAGCAAGCUCAUGGGAGAAGCCCUAUGGAGGUAAUGAACAUGUCAAAGCCUUUUCUGAUAGACCAACAUUCAUCAGGGAACUCAUACAAGGGAGAAUCACUAUGAAUUGA